AUGGAGAUGCCGCUGCCGCCCGACGACCAGGAGCUGCGGAAUGUCAUCGACAAGCUGGCGCAGUUCGUGGCGCGGAACGGGCCCGAGUUCGAGAAGAUGACGAUGGAGAAGCAGAAGGAGAACCCCAAAUUCUCCUUCCUCUUCGGGGGCGACUUCUACGGCUACUACAAGUACAAGCUGGCCCUGGAGCAGCAGCAGCUGUUGUGCAAGCAAAGUCAAGAUAUCGAGGCUACCGCACAGAUCCAGCCGCUGCCACAACCGUCUCUCCCACCGGCUGCACCUAUCCCAGCUCCUCAGGGCACUCCUUCCGUGGAGGAACUUAUCCAGCAGAGUCAGUGGAACCUGCAGCAGCAGGAGCAGCAUCUCCUUGCUAUGAGACAGGAGCAAAUCACAUCAGCAGUAGCCCUUGCAAUUGAGCAACAAAUGCAGAAAGUUUUGGAGGAAACACAGUUAGAUAUGAACGAAUUUGACAACCUGUUGCAGCCAAUAAUUGACACUUGUACGAAAGAUGCAAUCUCAGCUGGCAAGAACUGGAUGUUUAGUAAUGCAAAAUCUCCUGCGCACUGUGAGCUGAUGGCUGGGCACCUGCGAAAUCGUAUAACGGCAGAAGGAGCUCACUUUGAGCUUCGGUUACAUCUAAUCUACUUAAUCAAUGAUGUAUUGCAUCACUGCCAGCGGAAGCAAGCACGAGAUCUUCUGGCUGCUUUACAGAAGGUGGUUGUGCCUAUUUAUUGUACCAGUUUUCUAGCAGUGGAGGAGGAUAAGCAACAGAAAAUUGCCAGACUUCUUCAACUAUGGGAGAAAAACGGGUACUUUGAUGAGUCAAUUAUUCAGCAGUUACAGAGCCCGGCUCUUGGACUUGGCCAGUACCAGGCAAAUUUGAUCACUGAAUAUGCAACGGUAGUGCAGCCUGUACAGGUAGCCUUCCAACAGCAGAUACAGAACUUGAAAACUCAACAUGAAGAGUUUGUAAACAGUUUAACUCAGCAGCAGCAGCAACAAAUACAAAUACCACCACUAGAGAACGAGGUGAAAUCAACACCCCCGCCUCAAGCCCCGACAGCAGCACCAGCCUCGGCUCCGCCGUCUGCUCCAGUUACACAAGCAGAUGAUGGUAAAUCUCAGCUGCCUCUAGCUGGUUCUACAGAGUAUGACACAACAGGGUCUGGAGUGCAGGAUCCUGCCUCUGGUGGACCACGUGGCCCUGGAUCUCAUGAUCAGAUUCCUCCAAAUAAACCACCCUGGUUUGACCAACCUCACCCUGUUGCACCAUGGGGUCAACAACAGCCUAAUGACCAGGCUUCUUUUCUUCGCCGCUAGGGACCACCUCAUUGUCCUCCGUGGAAUAACAACCAUGAAGGAAUGUGGAACGAACAGAGAGAUCAAGGCUGGAACAAUCAGAGAGAGACACCUUGGAACAACCAGCCCGAUCCUUCUUGGAACAACCAGUUUGAAGCACCGUGGAACAACCAGCAUGAACAACCUCCAUGGGGUGGGGGUCAAAGGGAACCUCCAUUUCGAAUGCAGCGGCCACCUCACUUCAGAGGCCCAUUUCCUCCACAUCAGCAACAUCCCCAAUUCAACCAGCCCCCGCAUCCGCAUAAUUUCAACCGCUUUCCACCUCGCUUCAUGCAGGAUGAUUUUCCACCUCGCCAUCCCUUUGAAAGGCCUCCUUAUCCUCAUCGUUUUGAUUACCCCCAGGGGGAUUUUCCUCAAGAAAUUGGACCUCCUCAUCAUCACCCUGGUCACAGAUUGCCUCAUCCUGGAAUCAGCGAGCAUCCUCCCUGGGGAGGGCCACAGCACCCUGAUUUCGGGCCUCCCCCGCAUGGAUUUAACGGGCAGCCUCCUCACAUGCGGCGACAAGGCCCCCCUCACAUGAACCACGAUGAUCCUAGCCUGGUGCCAAAUGUUCCCUACUUUGAUCUUCCUGCUGGACUGAUGGCUCCACUUGUAAAACUUGAAGAUCAUGAGUAUAAACCUUUAGAUCCUAAAGAUAUACGUCUUCCACCCCCAAUGCCCCCCAGUGAGAGACUACUGGCUGCGGUUGAGGCAUUUUAUAGUCCACCAUCUCAUGACAGGCCUAGAAACAGUGAAGGCUGGGAGCAGAAUGGACUGUACGAAUUCUUCAGAGCUAAAAUGAGAGCGAGGCGGAGGAAAGGUCAGGAGAAGAGAAAUAGUGGGCCUUCUCGGUCCCGCAGUCGGUCUAAAAGCCGAGGUCGCUCAUCCUCCCGGUCCAAUUCGCGAUCUUCAAAAUCAUCUGGCUCCUAUUCGAGGUCACGAUCUCGCUCUUGCUCUCGGUCACGAUCCUAUUCACGCUCUCAGUCCAGAAGCCGGAGCAGAUCCCGCUCUUCUCACAGCCGCUCGCGAUCGCGGUCACGAUCAAGAUCGAAGUCAUACUCCCCAGGAAGGCGGCGCCGGUCCCGGUCUCGCAGCCCCACUCCUCCAUCUUCUGCUGGUUUGGGCUCCAGUUCUGGGCCUCCCAUACCAGAAUCAAGACUUGGAGAAGAAAAUAAAGGCCAUCAAAUGCUCGUGAAAAUGGGAUGGAGUGGAUCUGGUGGAUUGGGAGCCAAGGAACAAGGAAUUCAGGAUCCAAUUAAAGGAGGGGAUAUCCGAGACAAAUGGGAUCAAUAUAAAGGAGUGGGAGUUGCAUUAGAUGACCCUUACGAAAAUUACCGAAGAAAUAAAAGUUACUCGUUUAUCGCACGCAUGAAGGCCAGAGAUGAAUGUAAGUGA